AUGGGGUCUCUGAUCCAAGGCGAUGGAGAGAUCAAUGAUGAUGUCAUGAGUCGUAUUGGUGCAGCAUGGAUGAAGUGGAGGUUUGCAUCCCCCGUCUUGUGUGACAAAAAGGUAACACCAAAACUUAAAGAUAAGUUUUAUAGAGUAAUGGUUAGAUCGACUUUGUUGGAGGUGAAGUGUUGGCCCGUUAAGAACUCUCAGGUUCAGAAGGUGCAAGUGAUAGAGAUGAGCGCACAUACUAGGAGCGAAAGGAUUAGAAAUGUGGAUAUCCGGGACAAAGUGGUAGUGGACAAGAUGAGAGGAGCUCUACAGGAUAAUAGGAAAACAUGA